AUGGCAAAUAGUUCAUUGCAUGAUUUAUAUGAAAUAUUAGAAAAUGCCGAAGACAGUGAUAGAAAAGAAGAUAUACGAAUUAAAAAGGAAAUAUUAGAGGAAAGUGUUUCAAUGGAAGUAACAUUCGACAGUAAUGCUGUGAAUAAUAUAGUGAAACUUGAAAAAGAAUUACAUACAGAAUUAAUCAUUAAAGAUGAAGAACUAAUUGAAAGUGGUUUACAACUAGAACAUAUUCGAACUGUAGAAAGUCCGUUUUCAUGUGACUUUUGUAAUGAAAUAUUUACUACUCGAAGCAAUUUACUUUUACAUAAGCGAACUCACACUGGUAAAAAACCAUUUCUAUGUGAAAUUUGUAAUAAAGCAUUUACUAAUCUAGCCAAUUUAGUUGUACAUAAACGAAGUCACUCUGGUGAAAAGCCAUUUUCAUGUGAUAUUUGUAGUAAAACAUUUACUUCUCGAAGCAAUUUAGUUGUACAUAAACGAAGUCACUCUGGUGAAAAACCAUUUUCAUGUGAUGUUUGUAAUGAAACAUUUACUACUCGAGGUAAAUUAGUUGUGCAUAAACGACGUCAUACUGGUGAAAAACCAUUUCUAUGUGAAAUUUGUAAUAAAGCAUUUAUUGAUAGCAGCUAUUUAACUAGACAUAAACGAACUCACUCUGGUGAAAAGCCAUUUUCAUGUGAUAUUUGUAAUAAAGCGUUUAGUGAAAACAGCUCUUUAACUAAGCAUAAACGAAGUCACACUGGUGAAAAACCAUUUUCAUGUGAUAUUUGUAGUAAAACAUUUACUAAUCGAAGCAAUUUACUUGUACAUAAGCGAACUCACACUGGUGAAAAAUCAUUUCUAUGUGAAAUUUGUAAUAAAGCAUUUGCUCAACAAAGCACUUUAGCUACUCACAAACGAAGUCAUACUGGUGAAAAAUCGUUUUCAUGUGAAAUUUGUAAUAAAGCAUUUAUUGAUAGCAGCUAUUUAACUAGACAUAAACGAACUCACUCUGGUGAAAAGCCAUUUUCAUGUGAUAUUUGUAAUAAAGCGUUUAGUGAAAACAGCUCUUUAACUAAUCAUAAACGAAGUCACACUGGUGAAAAACCAUUUUCAUGUGAUAUUUGUAGUAAAACAUUUACUAAUCGAAGCAAUUUACUUGUACAUAAGCGAACUCACACUGGUAAAAAACCAUUUCUAUGUGAAAUUUGUAAUAAAGCAUUUACUCAAAAAAGCAAUUUAGCUACUCACAAACGAAGUCAUACUGGUGAAAAACCAUUUUCAUGCGAAAUUUGUAAUAAAACAUUUACUACUUUAGGCAAUUUAGUUUCACAUAAACGAAAUCACACUGGUUAAAACGAAUGGAUUUUUAUACCAUGUAUAUGAAAUAUACUAAGGUAUACUAAGUUUAGUCUCAAGUUUAUAACGCUUAAAAAUAUUGAUACUAUGAACAAAAUUUUGGUAUAGGUGUUCAUAAAAUCACUUAAUUAGUCCAUUUCUGGUUGUCUGUCUGUCUGUCCGUCUAUCAUCACGAUUACUCAUCAGGGAUUGAGACAGAACUGUAGAGGCAGCACUACUGCUGACAAUAGAGCGCCCUAGUGUUAAAAAUGCCAAAGAAAGUGAUGUAAACAGUGCAAUAGAUAGUAUUGGUAGUAAUAAAAAAUGCAAAAAAUAAUUAAAUUCGGAUUCUUGCCCGUCAAAUAUACUGAAUCACGGGGUCAAAAUCAAUUAAGGAAUUUAUUAAUUUAACAACUUUGUAAUUGUUUUGUAUACCACUUGUCAUCACUUUGUUUCACAUUUGCCUCGCCAGGUGGUGUC